ACCUACCACCUACCACCUACCACCUACCACCUACCACCUACCUCCACUUCCAAUCCACUCAUAGACAACUCCACCAAUCUAACUAAAAUCCCAAUACCAAUACCCUUUGACUAUCUAUCAUCCACACCCAGUCUCACUCCGAAUCCUUUCCCUUUCUCCAUCAACAAAAUCAGUCAAUCAGUCAAUCAAUCAAUCAAUCCACUGCAAAACAAUUCACCCAUACACGCCCAUCAACACACCAAUACCACGCCAAAUUCCACACCAAAUUCACACUAACCCACCAUCUAACCACCACCACCACCACCACCCACCACCAGCCCGCAACCGAAUAAUGAACGGAGAUCGGAUAAAGGCUUCUGCAAUUGCCAAAGCGAAAGAAUCGAUAACUAAAAAUUCAAAUGCGCAUGCUAUGAAAAAAAGAAAGAAAGACUCAUUAAAGCCAAUCAUCACAACCGAGCAAGACUCUGAAUCUUCCAAAAUGGCUUCUGCUCAAGCCCGUGCAGGGUCGCGCAAAAAUGCUGCACUUUCCUUGUACUUAUUCAAGAUGAUGAGUUCAAUGCUUCAAAACUUGCUAACGAGAAUCGAUGAUGGAAAUAGAUCCGCUUCGGGAACAAAUCGCGAUCCAUCAUCAUCUUCCUCGAGAGAAGACGCUGCAGAAACCACUGCAGACGAAGAAGACUCUGAAGAUUACUGUAAAGGAGGUUAUCACCCAGUACAAGUCGGUGAAAAACUUCAAGAUGGCAAAUACACCGUGGUUCGCAAGUUAGGAUGGGGUCAUUUCUCAACAGUAUGGCUUUCCAAAGACAACGUCACUCAGAAACAUGUUGCGUUGAAAGUUGUACGAUCUGCAGCGCAUUACACGGAAACGGCCAUAGACGAAAUCAAAUUACUCAAUAAGAUUGUUGGUGCUAAGCCAGAUCACCCAGGUCGAAAGCAUGUCGUUAGUUUAUUGGAUUCUUUUGAACACAAAGGUCCAAACGGCACACAUGUUUGUAUGGUCUUCGAGGUUCUGGGGGAAAAUCUCUUGGGUUUGAUCAAAAGAUGGAAUCACCGCGGAAUUCCCAUGCCUCUCGUUAAGCAAAUCACAAAACAGGUUCUAUUGGGUCUAGAUUAUCUACAUAGGGAGUGCGGCAUUAUACAUACAGAUUUGAAGCCCGAGAACGUCCUGAUAGAAAUUGGAGAUGUGGAACAGAUUGUGAAAACAUUUGUCAAGGAGGAUACGAGCAAGGACAAGGAAGAUAACAGAAAUGGUCGAAGGAGACGGCGAACUCUUAUCACUGGAAGUCAGCCUUUACCAAGUCCAUUGAAUGCCAGCUUCAACCAAGCAGAUUUGAUGAGGUUUCCUGGCAGUAAUCCAGGUUCCCAUGGAAGUAUAAAUGAAAUGCUAAAUAAUAGUAAAUAUACUCCAUCGGAAACCCCUGGCAAUGGACAGUAUUCUAAUGAAAAGGCAGAUGAGGAGAACCACGGGACAAGAGAAAAGACUGCCGAUAUUCUUACAGAUAAGGUCUCUGGCAUAUCACUCGACAAAAAUUCGGGCGAAAAGAAGAAGGCAGAGGAUGCAACCCAGUUCGAUAUAAUAUCAGUCAAAAUUGCCGAUUUGGGAAAUGCUUGCUGGACGGGACAUCACUUUACAAAUGAUAUUCAAACAAGGCAAUAUCGAUCACCAGAAGUUAUAUUGGGCUCCAAAUGGGGUGCUUCUACAGAUGUUUGGAGUAUGGCUGCUAUGGUCUUCGAACUUAUUACUGGUGAUUAUCUUUUCGAUCCUCAAUCCGGUACCAAAUAUGGCAAAGAUGACGAUCACAUUGCUCAAAUAAUCGAACUUCUCGGGCCCUUCCCCAAAUCUCUUUGUUUAUCUGGCAAAUGGUCACAAGAAAUAUUUAAUCGAAAGGGCGAACUACGAAAUAUUCACCGAUUACGACAUUGGGCCUUACCGGAUGUCUUGAAAGAAAAGUACCAUUUCAAAGAAGACGAAGCGAAGAGGAUUGCGGAAUUUUUGACUCCGAUGUUGGAGUUGACACCAGAGAAGAGGGCAAAUGCUGGAGGGAUGGCAGGUGCUCCGUGGUUGGAAGAUACAGCCGGUAUGAAAGGGGUGAAGAUUGAAGGGUUGGAAGUAGGGAGCAAGGGUGAAGGAAUCGAGGGAUGGGCAUAUGAAGUCAGGAAGAGAUAAGAACUCGCGAGGUUCCAGAAUGAUAGAGUGUAGGGAUUCCUUUCUCAUGAAAGUCAGGCGCAGAU